AUAAAGGUAGAAAUGGCACUAAGAUAAAAACGUCAAAAAUGUCCGCUGCUAGUGCUAGUUUUCGUUCCACUUCUCGGACGGGAUUAUUAGAAGUAUACACCCGUCAGCAAUGGCAAAAAGUAUUGGUUACAUUAGAAGAGGAUUGCUUAAGUAUAAGCCUAGAUGAAAGUUAUGAAAUAAGCAAUGGCCCAUCAAACGGUCUCUCAGAUUCUGAACCUCCUGAUAUACCGGAAAGUAUAGCUAAUCAAAAAAGAGUAGUUCGCGUUGUAAAACAAGAUAAUAGUGGAUUAGGAAUAAGUAUAAAAGGUGGUAAAGAGAACAAAAUGCCCAUAUUAAUAAGCAAAAUAUUUAAAGGUAUGGCUGCAGAUCAAACUGAACAAUUAUAUGUUGGAGAUGCAAUUAUUUCCGUUAACGGCGAAGAUCUUCGCGAAGCUACUCAUGACGAAGCAGUGCGAGCUUUAAAACGUGCCGGAAAAAUCGUUGAUAUUGAAGUGAAGUAUCUAAAAGAAGUGACUCCAUAUUUUCGUAAAGGAGCUGCAUUAGCUGAAGUAGGGUGGGAGUUUCAACAAGGAGGUUUCUUGCCAUCCUCUCAGUUGCAUAGGAAAAGUGGAAGAGCUGAUAUUAGACAAGUUCCUCUUUUAUUGUGCCACCUUUGUCGUAAUCUUACUAUGCCAGAUGCUGACAAUCGCACAUUAGAAAUUCACUCCCCAGAUAGACGACAUUCAUGUGUUUUAAGGUGUCCAGAUGCUGCCCAAUGUUCAGCAUGGUUCAAUGCUAUCCAUUCUGCAGUUGAUGCCAUGAUGUCUAAAGCUGUUGUAGAAGCUGGCCAUCUUUUAAAAGAUGUUUUAGAAAGAGCAGAGCUGAGACACAUGGGCUGGCUUUCUGAAAAAAUACAUGAUGAUACUGGAGUUGUUCAGUGGAGACCAGUAUUUUUAGCAAUAACAGACAGAGACCUCUUGCUUUAUGACUUGGUGCCUUGGACAAAAGAAGCUUGGGCUGUACCUGUAAAUAGUAUACCUCUUGUACAUACUAGACUUGUACACUCCAGUACACCAAGAAGAUCUAGCGGUGUUAAUGUUCCUGGGAUAACUGAUGUGACAACCUUUACUUUAAGACUAGGUACAAGGCAAGGGAUUGAAUCUAGAGUAAUGCGAGUGGAGACGCAUAGGGAUCUUGCAUUUUGGGCAAGGCAUUUAGUUCAAGGUGCUCAUAAUGCUGCAUUUGCCAUGAAAGAAGCUCAUUUCUCCUGUUUGUUUCAAGGCCAGGAAUGUGUGAUUACUGUUCAUUUUGAUAACGGCUUUAUUUUACAAGAUGGCAGACACCACAGUAUCUUGUGGCAAUACCCUUUUGAAAAAUUACGCAUGUCAGCUGAUGAUGGUAUGCGUUUAGUUUGGUUAGACUUUGGAGGAGAAGAUAGUGAAAAGGAAUUAGAUUUGUUGCAAUCACCUAAACCUUUUAUAUUCACCUUACAUACUUUCCUCUCAGCUAAAGUAAUUAGACUUGGCCUUGUUGCAUGACAAUUACAGCAAUGGGAAUGCGCAGAUGAACCUUAUGAUGACAUCUUCGGUCCCUAGUUAACAAAGUUGACUAUUACUUGCUUCCUAAAAUAAAGGCUUCCCAGUGUUCGUUGCUUUACAAUGCAACAGCAUUUUGCAAUUUCAAUGAAAAAAAAAAUCAACAAAUAUCUGCACAAAUUGUUCUUAGCUUGCAAAAUUGAUCUUACUGAAGAACAAAAACAGUGUUGUAUUUUCUUGUUUGAAUAUUGAGUAAAGUGCCCUGCUACUGGUGUAGUUUUUCAUCAAAGCAGAUGAAUUCAAGUCAUUACGUAUGAGUGAUUUUUUAAUACUUUUUUUAUCAGAAUGGGAUGUGUCUCUUGUUUAAGCCUAAAUCAUGUACAAAGUUGAUAAUUUUUUUUAUUGAACUUCAUCAGAAUUUCAAACGUCUAUGUUUCUGCGACUCAGUAAGUUUAUAUGCUGGUUGAUCUCAUCAUUUUAUUGUUCAUCAUGAGACCAAAUUAUUGUACACAAGUCUUUAGGAUUAAUUAAUAUUUCUAAUUAAUUUUAAAAAGUUCUUUGGCAAACCAAAACACUAUUAAAAAAUUAUAAGAAAAUAAUACAAUUUCUGUUAUAUUUUAUAUUAUAAAUGUUCACGUGCUUCAGUAAAUUUUUGCUUUAUUAGAUGAAAUCUUAGAAAGCAAAAAGUUGUUUAUAGGUACUUGAAGUUUUUUUAUUGCCUACAUUUAUUCUAUCAUUUAAUGAUUAUUUUCUAUGUUUCAUUACUCUGUAUAUUAGAAACCUGUAAUGUAUGUUAACUCAAAUUUAGCUGCGAUGAGUGUAAAAUAAAAUAAAAAUUAUUAAUUGCGUAACUAAAGUUGAUCAAUGAAACAAAUUAUUUUUUAGAUUAUUGUAGCUUUUAUUUUCAAUAAAUAAAAUUAAAAUUUCAGAAUUGUGUUUUAAGUGCUGAAACUAUGUCAAAGUUAGUCAUUUUAUCAUACAGCUUUAAUUUAUAAGAUAUGUGUAGAAAAAUAUUAACAUUAUUCAAAGGUUAGAAUGUAACUAAUUAUACAUAAUUUUAAAAAGAUUUCUUUCAUUUUUAAACAAAUUUUGAUGUGUUUACACUCAAAAUUAUUUUAUGUUUAUUACAAGAAAUUUAAAGUGUCUGUCUGUGUAAAACAGAAUCAAUAGAAAUUUAACAUUAAAAUAUAAAUAAAAUGAACCUAGAAACCUAAUAUUUUAUUAAUUAAAUUUUGACAGUGGUUUUAUUAUCUAUUCUGAAAUUAUAAUUUUCUGAUUUAAUGAGAUGAGCUUAUCAAUAUGUAUGUAUAUACAAGUUUGUAUAUGGAACAUACAUAUGUCUGAAAAUUUUGAUUGAACAAACUUAAAUUCUUAGAUAUUUUUUAAAAAAAUAACUCCCCUCUUUUCAAAUUUUUGCUAGUUAGCUAAUUGUCCCAAUUUCAAACUUUACAUUCUCGUAUACAGUAUUCAUUUAAUACAAAUUCUAAGCACUAUUGUAUUUUUAAAAUAUUGUAAUAAAAUGUGCCUUUAUUAGACGGUAUUGAUACAAAUUGUUGUAGUAUUAACAUUCUUUGAUUUAGUUGUACUUAAAUUAUAUUUCAAUCUACCUUUACUUAUGACCAAACUUUUUAAACUUCCAACUUCAUGUUUUAAAUUUUUGAUUUAAAAAAUGUACCUUUGUAUCUUAAAAGAAAUUCAUUCCAAUGACAAGUGUGGAACCUUUAAAACAAAUGAUAGAUUUUAUAGAAUAUAAUAUUAAUACUUAUUUGAAACCUUAGAUGUUUUCUCAAACAGUCAAAGGGAAAAUAUUUUCGCAAUGUUCAGGUGAAAAAGUGAUUUAAAUUUUCUUUAUGACUCAUUAAUUAGUUAAUUUGCAUCAAAUAUAUAUUUUAAAGAAUAAAUUUCUAAAAAUACUAUUUUUUCUUAGAAUCUUGUAAUGUUUUAUAACAGAUUGUUAACAUUUUGCGUUGUCCCAAAAUUUUUCAAAUGAAGUAAAAGGUUUCCUUCACUUUUCUAUGUAGUAUUUUCCAGUUGCUUACAGAGCAUUCAUUAAUUAAGCACAUUAUUGAAAAAUAGGAUAUUGGUAAAUAAAAUUAUAGACAUCUAUAUUGAUUAAUUUCUUAUAUGAAAUUAUUCGUUUCAAUUUGUGUAUAUGCAAAAUUCACUUGCAAAAAUUCAGAAGUUAAUAUUAUUUUAACUUAUACAGUUAUUAUCUAAUUUUAUACAGUUAAGACUUUCAACGAACUGUGAAGAAUUGUACUUAAGUAGUAAACAUUCUUAAACAGACUAUUGAAAAAUAACAUUUGCAUUCACACAUUACAAGCGAAAUAUUUAUUAAAAUAAGACAACUGCAUAAGAAAAGGCAAGAAGAGAUGUGUAUGAAAAUACAAGAUGAUAUGCAAACUUAUAAUCAUUCAAUUAUGAAAAAUAAAAAAGCUUUAAGAUGAGUUGACACAUUUUUAACGUAAAUUUUUUAAUCUUUUAUAUACAAGUGAGUAGGCUAGAAAAAGUUUUAGUUGAACACCAGAUGAAAACAAUUUCAGUAAAAAUGUUAAAAUUUAAAGUCAUCUUACGUAUAUAUCAUAAACUCACAAAAUUCUUCUCAAUCUUCUUUAUGGCACCAGCUAGUAAAAAAAAGAUUUUUUUCUAAUUUCACACAUUUAUAAAUUUUAACUUGGUUUAUAAAUUAUUUUAUCUGAUUUGGUGCUUAUAUUUUAUUGUUAUUAAUAACUGUGUAUCAGUCCAAUUCUUAAUUGUUAUUACUUCUCUAUACCUUUUUAUCUCACUAUUCUAUAGAAAUUGUCUAGUCAAUUGAGUGAUUCAUACUCAAAGUCAAAAUUUGACUGUUUCAUUGAUUAACUUUUUACCUCUCAGUGCCUUAUUAGUAUACUAUAUAUUCACAUGUUAUGUAUCAUAUAUUUUUCUUAUUUGUAGUAAAUAUUUUAAGUAAAAUAUAUAAGUAAUACUGUGACUUGUUUGCGUGUAAAUUCAGAAGGAAAAAAAAAAGCUGGCUAUUAAAGAGAUAGUUGUGUAAGUAGCUGAAAGUGCCCUUAGAGAUCAAAACUAAAAUGCCCUUAAUUAAAGUAUAAAUAUUCUUAAAUAAUUGUUUAUAAUUAAUUUACUGCUUCAACUAAAAAUUUUCAAUCCAAAUUAUUAAUACUUAGUUGCAUAAAGUAACUUAUUUUGGUGUUAAUCCCAUUUUAUUUCAUAAUAAUAAAAAUUUAUUAUUUAUUUUGAAGAAAAAAAUUUCAGAUUAUCCAUUUGGAUUUUUAUCUUUCAUACUUGAUUUUUUUUUAAUUACAAUUACAUUUUAUUUUUCAUUCAAUUUAUUUUUGUAAAAAAAGGUUUGUUUUAUGUAUAAGUUUCAUAAUAUUCAAUCUGAAUGUUAUAUUUUAACCUUAUAAAACAAUGCUAUUUACACUAUGUCCAAGACCUUUCGAAUGAUGAGCCUCAUACAUAAAAAUGUGACCAACACCAAUAUAGUUUACAUAUUAGAUUUUUUUCAUAUUAUGGUACUUGUGUGAAAUCCUGCUGACCAUUUUUAGCAAAAUCAAAAAAUGGUACCUAAUAAUUUUUUGCCCACAAUGGAAAACUAUAUACCAAAUGCUUGGGGGUUUUUUUAAAGGUUUUUUAUUAAUAUAGCUUUUUUUGUUGUUAUUGUUAAAAUAUAGGGCAAUUCCACGGAAGUGUCACCUUUUAAGUGAAAUUUUUUUUUAUUAAUUGCAUAUUUUAAUUUUAAAAAUAUGUUCAAAAAUAGCCAAAGUCUACAUAUUGCCGUUUCAUUUUUGAUAAUUUUAAAUUUUUUGAAUCGGAGGGCAUUCUAAAGUAAUCACAUGGCUGACAAGUGAAUUGUUCACAUUUGUGCUCAAAUUCUUUUCUUGAAAAAUACUUAUAAAAUAAAAGAAAUGUAUCUUUCUUUUGCAAUAUUUUGAUAAAAAUAUGCAUAUAGUACAAUAUUUAAACAUUUAAAACAUUAUCAUUUUAAGUUUAAUAUAUAAAAUAAAAGUAACUUUUACGUCAUUCCGUAACAUGUCUUAAUAAUGCAUAAAUUUCCUGAGAACGAAGAUAAGAUGUGACAUUGGCAAGUUAGAUAUAAAACCUCUUCAGAGACAACCUAGUUUUCAAACUGUUGAAAUUUUUACUAAUUCUUACAAAAAUAUUAAUCCUGUUUAUCUGUUACAUUCUGUUUAUCAUUUACAUAUUAAUAAAACAUUUUUUAAAUGAAGACUUUCUUCUACUAAAUUUUUGUCAUUCCGUCACAGCAAAUAGAUGUUAAUAACUGCUAGCCAACCUGAGGUUAAUUUUCCAAAUUCACAUUUUACAUUGCUUACACAUUAUACUAAAAGUAUAAAAUAGUUCAGAAAAAUAAUAGCUUCAAAAUUUGCAGAAACUACCAGUUCUAAGUGGCAUGCCAAAAGCUUGGUUGCCAAAAUGUCAUUCCGUCACGCAAAUAAAAAGUUCGUAAAAUUAAAAGUAAAAAAGAUAGAUAAUCCUGUUUCUUUUAGUUUAUGAAGCGCAUUAUGCCAAUAAUAAUGAUAUGCAUGAGAAAAAAUGUUUAUUUGAAAUUAGAUACAUAGAAACUUCAAUUAAUUGUUAUUUUGCAAGUCAAAAUGUCAUUCCGUCACAUAUGGAAUUGCCCUAUAAUUAAUUUAGAAUACUUAUGUUUAGUUAUUUUUUCAAAUGAACUGCCUCAAUUUUUGGUAAUCAUGUUCUAAAAUAUUAAUUUCAACAGUUUUUACUUUAAUUCUUAUUCUCUUUUUGUUGUCAAUUUGGCAGAAUUUGUGCCAACUUUCCUGAUUGAUGCAAUUUUACACAAGUAUCCAUAUUAUAUACAAAAGUGAUUUUGUGGGUAAAUAUUUAUUUGUACUUUUAUGUUGUAGAUUUAUAAACGAAUUGUAUAACUGUUCAAAAUCAGGUAUGUAAUUCUCAAUGUGCCACUUAAAUGUAUUUUUGUAAAUGAAUUAGAAAGGGAAAAAAACUAACCUCACGUUCUAAUUUUUUUCUAGCUUACUUUUAAAAGUUUUAUGAAAUUAGGAA